UCUCCAGUAGUCCACUCGCCUGCAGAGACGGGUUUCCAGUGCAUGUUUUAAUCAACAGCUGGUUUGUCCAAUUUACACGCAGGAUUUUCAGAAGAACUAAAAAAAAAAAAAAAUCCUGGCAAGAUGACUUGCAAAUGUAUUCUGAAGGUACUAAUGGUCAUCGUCAACAGUUCCAUCUUUAUAGCCGGAGGUGUAACUGUGAUCGUUGGAAUUCUGAUCGAAAUAAAUGGAAAGACUGUUCUUGAAGCGCUGAACAACAGUAAAGACAUCUCCCCAGAUUUUGUACCUUGGUUUAGCGCUACCUACUCGCUGAUUGCUAUAGGGGCCGUCCUCGCCAUCAUGGGCUUCCUGGGCUGCUGCGGAGCCUGCUGUGAGAAUAAGUGCAUGCUCAUGAUUUACUUCAUCGUCAUCUUCAGUGCGUUUGUCGCGGAGGUGGUUGUAGGAGUCCUCUUUCUGCUUCACCAGUCUAAGGCGGAGAUACUGCUGGAUAACCUACGUACAAAAGUCUCUCAGGAUAUCAUGGAGAACUAUGGGGAAAACAAUAUCAUGACUAAAGCGUGGAAUGAGACGAUGAGUCUGAUGAAAUGCUGUGGAUAUAACAACUACACCGACUUUAUUGACUCUCCACAAGUAAAGAACACCCUACUGUACCCCCCAUCCUGCUGCUCUGAAACAAAUGACGAAUGUGAUCUUGGAAAAGCAGAAUCAGAGCUUCUGACGGGCUGUUUCGACACUUUGAUGGAGUGGGUGAAGAAUAACUCUUUUCUGGUUGGGGGUGUGGCAUUUUAUGUCAUUGCUAUAGAGGUUGCUGCAAUGAUCGUGUCCCUGAUACUGUACAAGGAGUAAACUUGCAGGCGCUCCACAAUGUAAUGCCUCACAUCUACA